UGGACUCCGCGGUUCCGGCGGCGCCGCAGCCGGGCUGAGCUACGGCGGCCGCGGCGCCCCGAUGGCCCUUUUCAAGCCACUCAGUUAUGGAAUGGCAUGAUCCGUGCUCUUCGGGACCAGGUGGAAAUCAAGAGGAGGCGGCAGCAUCUAAAGAUGUACAGGAACUGCUUCACUGGCUCUGAUGCUGUUCAUGUGGUGCUGAGUCAUCUUAUGCAAAGCAUGUACUUAAGCAGCAAUGAUAUUUCUCGUGUGAAGGGAGUCCGCGUGUGCCAAGUGUUGAUGGAGCGCAAGGUGUUUGAGCCAGUUGGAACAAAGCUGUUCAAGAAUGAAAAAGACCUGGAGUUUGAGGACACAAGUAGCAGCCUUUAUAGGUUUGUGGACCACGGUCUUUCUCCUUGUGAACUGAAAGAGAACAAAGAUGCUGAGAAUGUGCCCCCUGAGGAAGUACUUGAGCUGAAGGCAGAAAGACUUUCAAGACGAAAAUGUGACACAACAAUUUCAAAUCCCUUGGCACUUGAAGCUGCUGAAAAAAAGGAGAUAGAGGAACUUCUUCAGUCAAUAAAUAUACAUCCAUCUUUUUUGCCUAAAGUUCUAGUUGGUGAACCACUCCAUCUGCUUUCACAAAGAGUUAUAGAAGAUGUGUGGAAACAACAGACUCUAUUACGGCUACUGCAGUUAAUUGAUCUUCCAAUCCUGGAAAAUAUUUUAGAAUCCCCAAGAAAGAAAAAAAAUAAUCGGCUUGGCAAAGAGGAAGACUUGAUUAUCUCAAAUACUUUCUUGGAUAGAGAGGUCAUAUGCAGUUUAAAUCUGCCUGAGCUUGAUGAAUGGCUCUGUGCUGCAACUGAAUGCUUGGAAUAUUUCCCAGACCAGCUAAUAGUCAUGGUUAACCAGCAGUUACUUCAAAUCAGUAGAGAGCUGAGUGACUUGAAUAUGCACAAGAAGAUACUUUUUGAUGUUAUAGUAAAAUAUUAUAAUCAAAUGAGAGAUCCCCUUCUCACCAAUCAGGAUCUCGAUAUUCAUACAGGAAUCAUUGAACUUAUAGAGCAUGGAAAAGCAGAACAAGCUCUGGAAGGACUGCAGCUUUACUUAAAAUUACUAGAGCCAAACAUCCGGGAAGAACUGCGUAGACUACUGAUGUUUAUAGCUAUUGCCUCAGAACCAGAGAGCUACAAGUUACAGAAACAAUUUGAUAACAGAUCAUUUAUCAUCAAGACUUUCACCAAGACCAUCUUACAAAAUAAUGGAUUGUCAAAACCAAAGCUGGAACAGCUAAUUCAGUUCCUGAUGAAGAAUCGCUUUGAACUGUUCCAGCUUAUAGCUGAAAAUUCUGUUCAACAGACCCCCUUAACUCUUUUGGAACUUACUAGCAAGAAAUUUAAAAGCCUGCUGGAAGGACAAGAUCCAGAUACCAAUUCAGGUUUCACAUUUUGUCAACAUUUGACUCUUAAAGAAUUUGAGGACCAAAAGCAACAAACAACUCAACAUCUCCUGAUCCUGAUUCGAGAGAUGGACAACAAUAUGACUAUUCCUGUCAAGCAAAAAAAGAAGUUACUUAAAGAAUUCCAGAAAUAUCAUUCUCUAGUAUUUUAGUGGACAUUUUGUUUUUGUUCUUGGGAUGCUUUUUUUUCCCUGAAACAGGAUGUGGUUUUGAAUUAUAGCUGAAUACUUAAAAUCUUAUGGAAACAAGAAUUUUCUUAAGAAUGCUGACAAGUGCAUUACAUUAUGCUGUUCUUGCAUUGUAUUAGGCAGAUUAUAAAUCCUGGUAUUUAUUAGAUCCGUCUUAUAGUAGGUAUUUUGUCAGGCCUCUUGUGGUACUCUAAAAUGAAGGUCUGAAUUUUUUUAAUGAAAUCUUUCUGGUGCAGUUAAAGUGCCUCAAAUGCAGAAUUUCAACUUUUUAAAAUCAGAUUCUAAUUAUGUAAUUUUCAGGAUAUUUUUAUUCAUUUGUCUGUAACUUCCAGACAAGCCUUCUGGUGUAUCAAAAAUGACUGUUAUUGCAGUUUCAAAGCAGACUUCUACAAUAUACAAUUAUUGUAUUAUUAAAAAUAAAACAUCUUUAGAUCCAUAACCAUGAAUGUAUACAAAGUCUAUAAGCAACUCUGGACAGGUAGAGGUUUACACUGUAAAUGUGUGUGGAUUUGGAAGUGAUUAAUUAUUCCAGAUUAUGAUGAUAUAUGAAAUAUACUGCUAUCAAGAUUCUCUUGGGUAUUAUGACUAAAUUGUCUACAUGAGAGAGAGCAGAGUUUGCUAUUGAAAGUUUUAAAAGAAGGCAACCUAGUAAAACAUCUGAACACUAACAGGGUUUGAGGGUGGUGCCUUUAGUUUUGAACUACUGCUUAAAUCUAAAGUCAGAUUAAGUUGAUAGCAGACCUCUGGGCCUCAAUUUCCUCCUGUUCUUUUGUAAAAUGAAGAUAAUUGUUUAAUGUAUCUUAAAUCUAUGCACUCUUGGCAAAAGCUCCACUAUGUGGAGCCCCCUUGAUACAUUAAAUAUUCUCACCUCUUGCUUUGU